UUGACUCACUGCUCUCCCAAGCGAUGACAACUCAUCCGCGACAGGCUGAUCCAAGGCAACAGCCGUUUUCCCCUUAUGCUUUCAACGGCGGAACCAUUCUAGCUAUAGCAGGAGAAGAUUUUGCUGUUAUUGCGUCAGAUAACCGACUGAGUGAAGGCUUUAAGAUUCAUUCAAGAGACAGUCCAAAACUUUACAAGUUAACAAGAGACACGGUUCUAGGAUGUUGUGGGUUUCACGGUGAUUGCUUGACGGUCACUAAGCAUCUUGAAGCGAGAAUACAGAACUACAAGUAUACACACAACAAGGAGAUGAGCUGCCCAGCUUUAGCUCAGAUGUUGUCGACUAUGCUGUAUUAUCGUCGUUUCUUUCCAUACUACACUUACAAUAUCCUAGCUGGAUUGGAUGCCGAAGGAAAAGGUGCUGUGUACAGCUUCGAUCCGGUCGGAUCAUAUGAAAGAGAAGUGUUUCGUGCUGGAGGAUCAGCAGCAUCGAUGCUGCAGCCUCUCUUAGACAACCAGAUUGGUUUCAAACACCAAGGAGGUGUGGAGAGGACUCCUCUCACUCUCGAGAAGACACUCGCUCUAGUGAAAGAUGUCUUUACUGCUGCAACAGAGCGCGAUAUAUACACGGGCGACGGUCUAACCAUCAACAUCGUUACAUCAGACGGAGUAACGAGCCAGGAAUUUCCACUGCGCAGGGACUGAACUCAGUCUAAUUAGCUAGACUUCCGGUUUGGUUGAUUUAAACUAGAUUUAGAAAUUCGACUGUAUUUCACUGUA